AAUUCAUUAAUCAGAACACAAGAUGACCGCUGCAGUCGAGGACCCCUUGGAGAAGUUCUACUUCGAACACGAGGAGCAAACGAUUUGUGGUCAGCCAGUGAGCCCCAUAACCGAUAGCUUCGAUGUAAAUUAUCCCAGCGUUGUGGACCGCUUCUUUACCAGAUACUACUACUUCAAAGGCAAGGUCCCCUACCAAGUACUCUAUCACUCCAAUCGCAUCUGCCUUAUCUGCUUGGCUCCUGGUCAUCCUGCCUUUAGCCAAGGAAUAUCGUCGGUUAAUUUUGAUGUUGGUAAUGUAGACCGCAGCCAAAAUGUGGUCAAGGGAAAGGCAAAAAGAGGUGGAAUGAUUCUCCAAGCGGAAUCGACUCUCGCCUUGCUCACCACCGAAAACGGAGAAACCUACAAGGUUCCCAGCUGCAUCCGCGGAAAGCUGGUUGAGGUGAACACGGCUUUGGUGGAACAGCCCAAGUUACUGGAGCAACUUCCCGAAGGAGCGGGUUACUUUGCCAUCCUUCUUCCAAAAAUCGAGAACUGCGACGCUAUCAAGGCAAGUUUAUUGACUCAGGAGCAGUACGAGGAGCGCCUAAAAGUUAAGGAAGAGGUUGAUACAUGACUAGUUAGACGAUAAUUUUUUAAAGUUAAAAAUAAAUAGAUUUUGUUUGGCAUUUCUAUUAGACUAAUAUUUGUUCGCACAAAGUUUAUUGUUUCUUCG